GCGGCUGCGCGCGCGCGCGCGGGUGCGAGCCGGGGAACGCCGCGAGGGCCGGGGCGGGCCGGGCAAGUGGCUACGACCGACCGCGACGAUGGCCGCGGCGGCGGGCAGUGGCGGACCGGGGGCGGCGACGGGCGCCGCGGGCGCGGGAGGUGCGGCGGCGGCCGCGGGCCUAGCCGCGUAUCGGCGGAAGGACGGGGGCCCGGCCAGCAAGUUUUGGGAGAGCCCGGAGACGGUGUCCCAGCUGGAUUCUGUGCGCGUCUGGCUGGGCAAGCACUACAAGAAGUAUGUUCAUGCAGAUGCUCCUACCAAUAAAACACUGGCUGGGCUAGUAGUGCAACUUCUCCAAUUCCAGGAAGAUGCUUUUGGGAAGCAUGUCACCAACCCCGCUUUCACCAAACUCCCUGCAAAAUGUUUCAUGGAUUUCAAAUCUGGAGGCACCUUGUGUCAUAUUCUUGGGGCUGCUUACAAGUAUAAAAAUGAACAGGGAUGGCGGAGGUUUGAUCUACAGAAUCCAUCCCGAAUGGAUCGUAAUGUUGAAAUGUUUAUGAAUAUUGAAAAAACAUUGGUACAGAGUAAUUGUCUGACCAGACCCAACAUCUACCUCAUUCCAGACAUUGAGCUGAAGUUGGCUAACAAAUUGAAAGAUAUCAUCAAACGGCAUCAGGGUACAUUUACUGAUGAGAAGUCAAAAGCUUCCCACCAUAUUUAUCCAUAUCCUUCCUCACAAGAGGAUGAAGAAUGGUUGAGACCCGUGAUGAGAAAAGAGAAGCAGGUGUUAGUGCACUGGGGGUUUUACCCAGACAGCUAUGAUACGUGGGUCCAUAGUAAUGAUGUUGAUGCAGAAGUUGAAGAUCCACCAAUUCCAGAAAAGCCAUGGAAGGUUCAUGCAAAAUGGAUUUUGGACACUGAUGUUUUCAAUGAAUGGAUGAAUGAGGAGGAUUAUGAGGUAGAUGAAAACAGGAAACCUGUGAGUUUUCGUCAGCGAAUUUCAACGAAGAAUGAAGAGCCAGUCAGAAGUCCGGAGAGAAGAGAUAGAAAAGCAUCAGCGAAUGCUCGAAAAAGGAAACAUUCCCCUUCUCCACCACCUCCAGCUCCCACAGAAUCACGGAAGAAGAGUGGGAAGAAAGGGCAAGCUAGUCUUUAUGGAAAACGUAGAAAUCAGAAAGAGGAGGAGGAGCAAGAAGAUCUUACUAAGGACAUGGAGGACCCAACACCUGUACCCAACAUCGAGGAAGUUGUACUUCCAAAAAAUGUAAAUCCAAAGAAAGAUUCUGAAAACACACCUGUUAAAGGAGGAACUGUAGCAGAUCUAGAUGAGCAAGAUGAAGAAGCAGUCACAACAGGAGGAAAGGAAGAUGAAGAUCCUGGCAAAGGUGACCAGAGUCGUUCAUUGGAUACUGGUGAAGAUAAUGUGACAGAGCAAACUAAUCACAUUAUCAUUCCUAGCUAUGCAUCAUGGUUUGAUUAUAACUGUAUUCACGUGAUUGAGCGGCGUGCUCUCCCUGAGUUCUUCAAUGGGAAAAACAAAUCCAAGACUCCAGAAAUAUAUUUGGCAUAUCGAAAUUUUAUGAUUGAUACAUAUCGCCUAAACCCACAGGAGUACUUAACCAGCACUGCUUGUCGUAGGAAUUUAACUGGAGAUGUUUGUGCGGUGAUGAGGGUUCAUGCCUUUUUGGAGCAGUGGGGGCUUGUUAAUUACCAAGUAGAUCCUGAAAGUCGACCCAUGGCUAUGGGCCCUCCUCCUACUCCUCAUUUCAAUGUAUUGGCUGAUACCCCCUCUGGGCUUGUGCCUCUGCAUCUUCGAUCCCCUCAGAUACCUGCUGCUCAGCAGAUGUUAAAUUUUCCUGAGAAAAACAAGGAAAAACCAAUUGAUUUACAGAACUUUGGUCUUCGUACUGAUAUUUAUUCUAAGAAAACCUUAGCAAAGAGUAAAGGUGCAAGUGCUGGAAGAGAAUGGACUGAACAGGAGACCCUUCUGCUCCUGGAGGCCCUGGAGAUGUACAAGGAUGAUUGGAACAAAGUGUCAGAACAUGUGGGAAGUCGCACUCAGGAUGAAUGCAUCCUCCAUUUUUUGAGACUUCCCAUUGAGGACCCAUACCUUGAGAAUUCAGAUGCUUCCCUUGGACCUCUCGCCUACCAGCCUGUUCCAUUCAGUCAGUCUGGAAAUCCAGUCAUGAGCACUGUUGCUUUUUUGGCAUCUGUAGUAGACCCUCGUGUGGCAUCUGCUGCAGCAAAAGCAGCUUUGGAGGAGUUUUCUCGAGUCCGGGAAGAGGUACCACUAGAAUUGGUUGAAGCUCAUGUCAAAAAAGUACAAGAAGCAGCACGAGCCUCUGGGAAAGUGGAUCCCACUUACGGCCUGGAAAGCAGCUGCAUUGCAGGCACAGGCCCUGAUGAGCCAGAGAAGCUUGAAGCUGCUGAAGAAGAAAAAAUGGAGACAGAUACUGAUGGCCAGCAGCCUGAAAAGGCAGAAAUCAAAGGAGAAAAUGAAAUAGAUGAAAAUGAUAAGGCACAAGAUGGAGAAAAUGAAAAAAAUAGUGAGAAGGAACAGGAUAGUGAAGUUAGUGAAGAUACCAAAUCAGAAGAAAAGGAGACUGAAGAAAACAAGGAACUCACGGAUACUUGUAAAGAAAGAGAAAGUGAUGUUGGAAAGAAGAAAGUAGAACAUGAAAUUUCUGAAGGAAAUGUAGCUACAGCUGCAGCAGCUGCUCUUGCUUCUGCUGCAACCAAAGCCAAGCACCUGGCUGCCGUAGAAGAGCGGAAGAUCAAGUCUCUAGUCGCUCUCCUGGUUGAGACACAGAUGAAGAAAUUGGAAAUCAAACUUCGACAUUUUGAGGAGCUGGAAACCAUCAUGGACAGAGAGAAAGAAGCUUUAGAACAACAGAGACAGCAGUUGCUUACUGAACGCCAGAACUUCCACAUGGAGCAGCUGAAAUACGCUGAAUUACGAGCCCGACAGCAAAUGGAACAGCAGCAGCAUGGGCAAAACCCACAGCAGGCUCACCCGCAUUCAGGAGGGCCUGGCCUGGCGCCACUUGGAGCAGCAGGGCACCCAGGCAUGAUGCCUCAUCAGCAGCCCCCUCCCUACCCUCUGAUGCACCACCAGAUGCCACCACCUCAUCCACCCCAGCCAGGUCAGCUACCAGGCCCAGGAUCCAUGAUUCCUGGGCAGCCCAUGCCAGGUCGCAUGAUUCCCACUGUUGCAGCCAACAUUCACCCCGCUGGGACUGGCCCUGCCCCUCCUGGUAUGCCUCCAAUGCCAGGAAACAUCUUAGGACCCCGGGUACCACUCACAGCACCUAAUGGCAUGUACCCCCCUCCACCGCAACAGCAGCAGCCACUGCCACCACCACCUGCAGAUGGGGUCCCGCCGCCUCCUGCUCCAGGUCCACCAGCCUCGGCCGCUCCCUAGCCUGGAAGAUGCAGGGACCAUACACGCUGAGUCCCACCAACUGGAGUACAGAAUGACAAGACUUGUGUUCCUCAGCUUCCUUGGGUUUCUUUCAGGAUUUUCCUUCUUGUAGCCCGAAGUAUCCCAAAUCUCCCCAUUCCUCUUGCCACCCCUUUCCAUGCUCUGACACCUCUUGUGUUAGGUUUUCAUCUGACCCUUACUUAAGAGGGAGCCUGUGGUGACAGUGUGUCCUGAUCAUCCUCAACAUGACCUAGGUCUCUCCUGUCCUAGUAUGGGGUCACACUGACGUUUUAUCUGCAGGUUCUGUCAACAGUGGUCUGUGUCUUUGCAAUUUUUGCUUGCCUGCAGCUUUUGCUUUAUCUUUAUACUCCUGUGGGUAAUACUUUGUAAUCAUUAUAUCUUUUUUUUUUGUCAUUAUUGCUUUAACAGAGAGCAUCCUAUGUUAAUAGGAACCAAAAAAUGGUGAUGGGCAAAGGGGAUAGCCAGAGGAAACAAACCUUAAGGCAUUAUAAGUGACCUUAUUUCUGCUUAUCUGAGCGAAGAAUGGUGCUGAUGGUGAAGUUCCCUGAGAUUUUUGCCACAUAUUGAUGCACCAGAAUUAAAAAGAGACAUGGGGGGAAGAGACCCCAUUGACUUCAUCCCACAUGAGGACUGGGGGCCUCCACCCUGCCUGGCGGAAUAGACCCCUUUGUAGAUCUGAGGGGAGAGCACAAGCAUUAGGACAGAUCCACCCCUUCCUCGGGCCCACUGGUUCUGGUUUUCUAUGCAGAUAGUUUGUUGGAUUGGGGUGGGUGUUUGGUUUUUCUGAGGGCAGUGUAAGUUCUGAGGGCUGGAACUUGGGGAGGUAUUCCUUAUUUCCCUAGAUGAGCCAGGAAACUUCUAGGAGUCUAGGGCAAUAGCCACCCACAAGUUUUCUUGCCUACUAUUCACUGCUUUUAUGCAUUCUUUUUUCUCCUUUAAAAAAAAAAAACCUUUUUUAAAAAAAUGUAGCUAGUGCUAAGCAUUGUAGCUCAUGGAACUUGGUUAGGAUGGCUGGGGCUUCAUCGCCCCAAACUACCUCUUGCAGUAGUCAGGGUGAGCAGAAUUUGAGUGAAGCGGUACUUUAGCUUUGGGAUGGGAUUGGAGGAGUGGAGCAGGAUCAACAGCCUCUUGUACCUACUCCUUUCCCUGAGAUUUCACAUUCCAUCUAUCACAGAAUUGUCACAGUGAUGUUGGGGAUACUGUGGAGGGGUGCUCAGGUUGGGAGAGUGGAAUGCUAUCCCAAAGGAAGAGCCACAAAAAUGCCUUAAUUUGAGCCCAUCUCUAUCCCUGCUGAUGAGUGACUUGGAAGUACUUGUUUGUUUUCUCUCCUUGUCCUUCUCUCACCUCUGUCUUCCUGUAGGUGGGUAAAGGGCAGUUUUUGGUAGAACUCAGUUUCCAAAGCACCUCUUCACUUCACAUUCUCAAGUGGCAGUUGAAUUAUUCAGAAUGCAAAGUGGAACAUCGUUUGGAUCUAUUCUGUAUACUAAAAACUAUAAAGCUUUACAUAUAAGAGGGUGUAGGGAGGUGUUUUUCAAACACCUAACAACUUUUUUUUUCUCCUUAAUAUCAGAAAGCAAAAAAAUAAAACCACAGAUAAGAUUUGCCUUUCAAACCCUCAGGUGUUGCCUCUAAUCAGGUGACCCUGGUCACCAGGAGAGCUCUGGUACCAAGGAGACCUUGCUCCUUGUGAGUGUAUUUCUGGACUCGAGUGGAGAUGAGCCUGUUCGUUCCUGCUGGAGCUUAGUCCCAGUGCAUCCACCUCCAAACAGACCCCAGUGCCUUUGACAAUGGCUAGGGUUUUCCCUACUUCUUAUCAGUCUUUCCCAAAGGAAACGCAUUCCAAAUACUUUCUCCACUGGGGUCUUAGGGGGAAAAAAAGUGGAAUUCUGGUUCAUACUGUGGUCUCUGGUAACCUCAGGUCUUUAUUGUGAUCACUUUGAAAUUUAAAAGAUCCAGGUGGAAAUAUUUUUACUAUGCUGGUAAUUAUUCUACAGAACACCUGAAUUCUUAACAUUGUUAUAUUUCACUGUAAGUGCUGACUUUUUCUUUUCAUGUCUUUGAUCUGGUUUCCCUUCAUUCCUGUAAUACAGCCACCCAAUUUUGUGAUGGGAGGGGGGGAUAAUAUGUGGUUUUUGUACAAAUGUGUUUCUCAUUGUGUUAUUUUGGAAAAAUGAAGAGAGGGAAUAUUAGGAGUUUGGAGGAAACUGAUCAAAAAGGCCUACUCUCCCUCUUUUUCAGUGAAUAAAUAGAACAUCGUUUAUGGAU